CGCGUUUAGCUAGAGGCAGGUUGUAAGGGCGCUUUUUUGCAAUAGCAGAAUGCAUGUCGAUAGACGUCAUUUGGUUUUAAUGGCCUACAGGAAAUUUGGCAUUACAACCCGAGACAUUAGCAGAGAGAGGACCGGGAAAAAAACGUUUGAAACCCGUAUGAAAAGUAUUCAAGGAGAACUGCGUUUCAACAUAUUUUUUUAUUGACAGUUUAUCAACAAGUUAUAGGCUACUGCGCUUUUAUUAUAGUGUGGGACAUAGGGAGCGAGUCUUGCUUUACUUAUUCAGCUAGGCUAGAUAAUGGAAAUGUAUGCCUUGCUCUAAAUGCCUGGGGAAAUAUUACAUCAGACGAAAUGACAAUGAUUAAAAUCUGCUUUUUUUCCUGCUCUAAAUCUAUUGAGCGACGUGACACUUGCCUUAUACUGAACAGCAUUUAACUAGCCUAUUACCCCUGCAAACCAUAACUUUCAACCGUUAAGGGUACUGGUAUAUAUUUUUUUUUACUUUUGACGAAAUUAAUUGAAAAUAUAACGAUUCUUAUUUGUAUGUAGUCGUAAUUUUAAGAACAGAGACUGUAGCGUUUUCGUUUGAAAAAUUGCCUGGGCGCGAGUGGAGUUGAGCUAAUUGUAGCCUAAUCCUUGCCCCAGAGGCGUUUGGGCAGCCCGGAGCAAGAAUUCUUUUUUAGCUCUACUGUUAUUUAGAGACGGAUUAUUGGCUUUCUUCUUCUCAUAACAGACCGGCAGUUUCAUUAAAGCAAAAGACAGUCGAGAAGCUGAAAUACGAAGGAGGAUUUUAACAACAGGAAUUUGAAGUGUAUACAAAUAAGAGCAUAGAGGGGGAAGGAGAUUUCUCAUAUGUACAAGAAAAUAGAGGCCUAUUUUUGUUUCGAGCUAACGUCUUCGAUGCUUAAAUAUUUUCACACCGCCAAUUUUCUCCCAAUGAGUCCGGAAGGAAGAAGCAUGUCACGCCUGUCUUUGACCCGGUCCCCGGUUUCCCCUUUGGCCGCACAAGGAAUUCCUCUACCGGCUCAACUGACUAAGGCAAAUGCUCCGGUACACAUUGACGUCGGCGGACACAUGUACACCAGUAGCCUGGCUACUCUGACAAAGUAUCCAGAUUCCAGAAUCAGCCGUCUGUUUAAUGGCACCGAGCCCAUCGUCUUGGACAGCUUGAAGCAGCACUACUUCAUCGACCGGGAUGGGGAGAUAUUCCGGUACAUUCUCAGCUUUCUCAGGACCAGCAAACUGCUCCUCCCGGACGACUUCAAGGACUUCCACCUGCUGUACGAGGAGGCCCGGUACUACCAGCUGACACCCAUGAUCAAGGAGCUGGAGCGCUGGAAACAGGAUCGAGAGCAACGAAGGAUGGCCCAGCCCUGCGACUGCCUGGUGGUCCGGGUGACCCCCGACCUGGGCGAAAGGAUCGCCCUCAGCGGAGAGAAGGUCCUCAUCGAGGAGAUCUUCCCAGAGACUGGAGACGUCAUGUGCAACUCGGUCAAUGCCGGCUGGAACCAGGACCCCACGCACGUCAUCCGCUUCCCCCUCAACGGAUACUGCCGGCUCAAUUCCGUGCAGGUGCUUGAGCGUCUGUUCCAGAAGGGUUUCAGCGUGGCCGCGUCCUGUGGAGGCGGCGUGGACUCCUCCCAGUUCAGCGAGUACGUCCUGUGCCGCGAGGACCGGCGGAGUAUGUCCAUCAACACCCCCAUCAGGAUAAAACAAGAGCCUCUGGACUAGAGCACUCUGGGCGGAUGGACUAGCUACGAGGGGCUCUUCCACCUCACCAUCAGGACAGAUCCCAACCCUUGCCCACCCCCCAAGCCCUCUUCCACUCACCCCCACCCACUAUUACCCCCCACCCCUCAAGACAUCAGUCCAGCCAGAAACACCUAAGUAUUAGCAGAGGCUUGGUACAUUUUCCAGCUCUGCGGAACUCAGCGCUCUAAGGGGAAUGUAGUAUCAAACAAAGAAGAAGAAGAAAAAAGAAAAGAACAAACAAAAAACAAAAGUGUUUGAUUCUGUUUAAUAACACCCAAAGAAUAUGGGACAAUGACGAACAAAGGACUGACAGAAAGCAUCUCUCUCUCCCUAUCUCUCCUUCCCUCUGACCGUUAUAGCACCGUGACCAGUCACUUUUUUUUCCUCUCUUGUGGCUUUCUGACCUCCAGUAAAAUGGUGUGUUCCCCCCCACCCUCUCCCAGCCCAUCCACCCCCUCAGCGCAGAGCCCGGCAAGGUGUCAUCCUGUCCUGCAUCUGUUGUGUCUGCCACACAUGUUGUGUCUGCCACACAUGUUGGGUCUGCCACACAUGUUGUGUCUGCCAAUGUGGCAGGUCUCAGCUAAGGAGCAUGACCUAACAGAGGUACUCUCCAAGGGUUGAUAGCCAGGAAAGAGGACUUGAGGAUGUCAGACCAUCACACAGACCUCUUCAACACACUGAUUUCCGUUUCCCCUCAAACCAGCCAACCAGCAGACCUUGGUCGCAAGAGCCUAGCCAAAACAAGUAUUGUUUUCCAAGAAUGAUUGGUCGAAGAUUUUACUCACUGUUGUUUAUGACAACUGACUCUUGCUCCUUUUUGCUGUUUCUAUCACAACAUGAUGUAAACAAAUUAUUAAUAGGGUUAUUCUGUGUGUGUCUUUUUCUCUCCUAUAUGAAGGAUGUAUAAACGUGUUCAGAAGUCUUUAUGUUGGAGCGUUUGAGAGGAAGGGUUUUCUUGGGACAAUGUCUCCAUGCCUCAAUACGUGGCUAAAGCAGUCUGGCUGCGAAUGCAUUCAGAGCUGGAGAAGGUCUCGUUGUUUAAACAGGGCUACAAGGGAACCUAGAAACAAAUAUAAUCUAUCACACAAAAAAUUUGCUUUGGCAUUGGCCUAAUUAGCUGUAAAACAUAUCUUAGAAACUUCCAUGAAAUUUAAGAGUAAAGACUAGGAUGUUUGCAGCAAAAAUAAAUAGGAAUUAGAAAUUAGAAAAUUCGGAAAAAGUAUAUCAAGGGGAAGUUGUCUAUGAAGGCUCUGAAUGUGUUUCAGGUUUGUUACUGCCAGAAUGUUCAUGACUUGAGAACCAACUUAGAAAGCAUCGUUUUCCAGUAUGUCUCCAUGAUUGUGAGGAGGUGUACUCUAAAUGCUUGAGAUCUUUUGUUUGCACUUAAAACACGUUGUCCACAGAACUGUUCACGGUACCCCUCUGUUGACGUAGCGAUGGUUGCCAAAUCAACCAUUUGUCUUGAAAGUUUUUGUGAGCACAUGGAAUCUUAUAAAGAGAAAAGUGGCCAAAAGAGAUAGCUAACUUUGUUGUCAAAGCAAAUCAGGUGCCUAUUCGUUGAUUGUACAAAGUACAAAAAAAAAAUAUUGUUUUCACAAUUGCUGUUUGUCUUAUUCAGAAGUAAAUUAUUUCAGUUGACUUCAGCCCUGAAAGGCUACAAAAUAUGCAUAGUCACAAUGCAAUUGAAGAAUUAAAAAACAUAUAUGAUGA